GGCUAUUUAUUCUUCGAGGAGAAAAACGAAAUCUAUUAAUACAAUUCUGUUGGUACACACAGACACACACCCGGACACUUCAGACACUGGUUUAUAAGCACCACCACACAUAUCUUUUGCACUCUGCUAGUCUUUCUACUUAUACCUCUCCAUCGCCAGCGUUCACCGCUCCAUAUUUCCGGCCUUGAAAUCGUCUCCAAACACGUAUUUUGCAACGUCUCCCAUAGAUAACCACUUCGCUAAAAUUCACUUCACAAUGUACGCGCUACUACCACUAAUCUUUCUGUUCAUAUGCCAGGUAACGGCCCAGUCGAUCUUUCAGCUCCAGAAUAUCUCUCAACCCAGCAUAAAUUAUAAUAGCAUUGGCUCCAAGCUCGGGUUUUUAGGGUCGUACGAUGGGAUCGGGAUUUACGACUAUGUCAACAAGACGCAGAACUCUCUCUUUACCGCCAACCAGCAUCUAUAUGUUGUCAUGGAAGAGGGCACGUCUCUCACCUCUGCGGUGCUCAAGGUAGGUGAAUUUUCCGGCAGCCCAUUAGCUGUGGUCUCCCAGAUGAUCGGCAUCAACGACGCGGUGUUGAUUUUGGGGAAUUACACGCUCCAAACUGCAUCGGGCUCCUAUAUCUCCCCGACCAUCUUCAAUACCACUGAUGGAAGUGUGAUAGAAGUCAAUUCCGAAAAGCUUAUAGACGGUGAAGUUACCGCCGCAUUGGUCCUACAAGAGACCAUAUACUUGGGCGGUGACUUUGUGUUCAACAAGACCGACUUCUCUGGGUGCCAGUACGACCUUGAAUCCGGACAGCUUCAGCCUUUACCGUUCAGAGGGUUUGGCGAGGCCAGUGUGGUGAGUUCCAUCAUCAAGCUACAGGAUAGCGAAACUGACCUCUCAGUGUUGUUUGGGGGUAAGUUUGACACGCUUGGCUUGGACCAGUUGCUCAACCAUACCGUUUUCUACAACGUAACCGGUACCAACCGCUCCAGAAGCUCCAACAACUCCAAUAUCACCGUCCAGAUCGACCAAUUAGUGAGUUUGAACCACGCAGUGAUCGAAAACACCGUCGACACGAUUCCCAGCUCGCUUUCUGGCCUGGCAGCGCUGGUCUUCCGGUGCGCUGAAUCCAGUAACGAGUGGGUUUUGUCAGAUGGGACACUCGGCUCCGUGGAUAUUAAACUCCCCUUCACCGUCUACCCAUCCAAGGUCCGUAUCUACAAUUCACAGAGCGACGAUGCCGGUGCUUCUCUCUUCCGCAUAUACUCCUUCCCAGCCCAUGGGAUCAUGAACUUGACGUAUAUCGACCCUGCCACUAACGAGCUCCGUGUCUGCGAUGCCUGGUGCCCGUUGCAAAAUGCUAGCUACCUUCAAGAAAUGGCCUCUGCCAACCCGGACGGCGUGUACUCCACCAGUUUUGGCUCGAUCAACGGGUCUACCCUUUCUUUCUCGUCCGAGUACCAGGAAUUUGGCUUUAUCAAUCAAAUUCCCACCACCGAGUUAACUCUCACGGUGAUGGGCUACUACGGCACUCACGUUAUCUUAGAUGGGUUAGAAGUUUACCAGCCCUAUAUCUUCAACUAUGCCAACAACACAUUGAACGAGUUUGGCUGUGGCUCUGACUCCUUCUCGCUGUCGGAGCUCCUCUCAGGCUCAUCGUGGGUUACAUCCAAUGACGGUACUUACAUUCAGUCCACCAUUUCGGACACUCUGAACGUAGGGGUUGUCUUCCACCCAAACAUCACCUAUGACGGUGAAUAUUCGAUUUUGAUGUAUACCCCUGGCUGUGCGGCCAGUGAUGCGUGUGCAGAAAGAGGGAUUGUCAAUGUGACAGUGUUUGACGGCUUUGACAAGGUUCUCAGCGAAACUUUGCUCUACCAGAAUAACGACAAUGAUAAAUUUGAUAUGUUGUUUAACGGGAAUAUCUCUGUCUCUGCUAGCAACAGUGACGAGGUGCACAAGCCGUAUAUCAGAAUGACGUGGUACGAUACCAUCACUGGGGGUUCGCCUAUGCAGAUGGUGGCUGAUAAGGUGCGUGUGGAUAUUUUGAGUAUCGAUAGCAAGUAUUUGAAUGGAACCCGUCACAUCGGAAACGACACGUUUGACGCCGAAAGUUUGUUAGUGCCGCUUAACGGGUUGUUUGAGUACUCUAUUGCCAACUUCAGCGAUUUCAAUGCCACCAUGUUUGAUAAGCUGGUUGAAAGCGAUGCUCUUAAUGCGACCGAUUUCAACGUUACAGCUUUAUACUUCAAUACCACCAGCAAGUUUGUUGGCAACACCACUUUGAAUUUACUUGCCCAGAACUUGUCCAAUAACGCCACAGUUGGCUCUUUUGCAUUGCUCGGCAAUGACUCCAAACAGUUGCUUGUGUCUGGGGAUUUCGACAGUCCCUACGGUGCUAACAUCUUUUCAGUGUCCCUUGACUCGUUUGACCAAACAAACUCCACGCUGGUGUCUUCUGUGGAUGGUUUUGCUGGUGGCUUGGACGCUCCGGUUUCCCGAAUGUUUGUUUAUAACGCUAACGUGGUGGUCAUAGUAGGCCAAUUCAACCAGACUGGCAACUCUACUACCGUUACCAGUUUAAGUGGAAAUAGUGACACUGGGUUGGAUAACUUGGCAUUGUAUAACACUACGGACGGCUCCAAGCUCUACUCGUUUGGCUCUGGUUUGACUGGAAACGUCAGUGACGCCACUGUUUCCUACAUCACCCUACAUGACGUUGAAUAUUUUGUGUUUCAGACUGCCGGUACCGUGGUUUCCACACUGGUAUGGGAUAUCACCAACCGCGAAUGGCUUGACUCAAACUCUGUUCAAGUAUUAAAUGUUUCGCAGGCUCUUCCGAUUGCUGCCAACGGUUUUAGCUUACUCUCCGGUAAUUUCUCCACCAUAGAUUUGAUUGCCCAGGCUGGUUCCUUCUUGUCCCCGAAUAACUUCACAUCCAUCGAUGCCACCCUCCAGCUGUCGAAGAAUCUCAACGUCCAAAGUAAAGCAACUAAUAGCAGUGCUCCAUCGACGGAAGAGGGCUACUACAACGUUUUCAACUACGUCAAUAGUUCAUUGUUGGCCAUUGGUGGUCGGUUCACUACCACGUCCUCAAUCUCCAAUGUUAUUUUCGUGAAUGGUUCAAAUAUCUACGGUGUUGGCGAGUCGCUUGAAUGGUCGGAGGGAUCUUAUGUCACUGUUUUGGAUAACUACAAUAGUGAGUUGUUUAUCGGGUUCUCCGGUCAGGCUACUAUUGUGGGUAAUCAGGACGUUGCGGGUAUCAUGAUCUACCAUAUGAACAACAACUCCUUUGCGGACUCUCAGCCUGCGGUAUUGUCUAAUGCCGCCGGAGACAUGUCAGUUAAUGCAAUCGCGUAUUACACCGCUAAGAACCAGAUCCUCGUGGGUGGUAACUUCACACAAGCUGGGAGUUUGUCUUGUGCGGCUGUGUGCCUCUACGACAACGUCGCGGAUAGAUGGAACUCUCCGUUCACGAAUUCCAUUAGUGGAGUCGUGAACUCCAUGACUUGGUACUCUAGCUCCAAGGUUUUGAUUGCCGGUAGCAUGUCCAUUGACGGGAGCAGCACUUACUUUGCGACUUACGACUUUUCCAAGGAAGUUAUUGAUGUGCAAACGUCGUUGGCUGGACUUGAUGGAUCGGUUUCUAAUUUCAUUAUGGUGGAUAGUGAUGUGGACAAGCGUAUCAUUGCGCAGGGUGAUAACUAUAUGAAGUACUUCAAUGGGUCUGCCUGGAACGAUUUCGGCCACGAAUUGCAAAUGGGUGGCGCUACGGUUGUGAGCGAUAUUAUUCUCUUACAGUUGAAUGUUUCCAACUCGAAGAACAAUGAGGCAAUCUUUGACAAAGACUUUAUUUUGGUGGCCUCUGGGAGUAUCCAACACAUUAUCUACGGCAAUCUCUCGACUACCUAUUACAAUGGUACCAACUGGCUUCCGUACUUGUACACUAAGUCGGCCACUGGGAGUGCUAGUACCAUUAAGUCCCUUCUCAUUAAUACCACCCCGUUGUCAUAUGAAAGCCAGAACUCCAAUAAUGGAAAUGGUCAUCUCAACAAAGGUAAGACCAUUGCUGCUUCCUUGGGAUUCGCGGCAGCCACCAUUGCUGUGGCCAGCUUGCUAAUCGGUGGGUACAUUCUCUUUGACCAGAAGCGUAACGGCAACGGUGAGUAUACUGAGAGGGUCAAUGAACAUGACAUGAUUGAUAAGGUCAACCCUGGACAGUUAAUUCUGGGGAUGGACUAUGCCAAGGGCUAUUAGUGUUACUACUUGGUAUUGGGGUGAAAAAUGGUGUGAAAUUAUUCUCAUCUCUAAGGAUUUCCUUUAUGUAUCAACUGUUUUUGUAUUUCCUUUUCGAUAUAUAUAUUUUCUUCCGGCAUUUGUUUUUAUAUUAGUUUAUGUUUCUCUAU